GGUUUUGGGAGAUCGGGAGCUGGACGCUUCCCUGGCGAAUGUAAUCGGCAGCCCGUCGGAGAUGACGGAGUCGGCUGCCGUUCGCGGAGGAGGCGGGGCUCGGGCCGGUGAAGGAAGAGCCGGGGAGUCGCCGAGAUCGGCACCAGAAGCACCGGUGGCGCUCGAACCGUGAGGACUAUCGAAUUUUCGUAUCGAUACGCCGGGCCCGCGCGGUUUUUGGAUUUUUUUUCUUUCUUUCUUUCUUUUCUUUGCGACCGUUGGUUCCCGAGGUUGGCCAUGUCGGGGGACUUUGAACUGCAGACCGGGCCCCUCGACGAGGAGACCAAGGCCCUCGCGGUGAAGGAGCUCAGGGAGACCGAAGCAAACGUCAGGGAAGGCCUCCAGAAGCUCAGACAGCUGCUCGAAGCCGAGAAAACCUUAAACUUCAAAACGGACGACGACGACUUCCUCAAGAUCUUCCUGCGCCCGUGCAAGUACUACCCGGAGAGCGCGCUCGCCCUCAUGAGGCGGAUCGCCGAUUUCAAGCAAAAACAUGCAGCCCUCCUCGACAACAUAACACCCUCGGACGAGAAGUACGCCUUCAUGGAGCACAACGUGAUAAACGUCCUGAAACACCGGGACCACAAGCGCAGGCGGGUCAUGAUAGUCAACGCGGGUGGCAAGUGGGACCCGUCCAAGAUCAGCGCCGACCAGAUGUUUCGGCUCUUCUACAUGGUCCACGAGGCCGCGGUGCUCGAGCCCGAGACUCAGGUGCACGGCGUCGUCGUCAUAAUGGACUUUGACGGUCUCUCCAUGAAGCAAGUCCUGGCACUGACCCCGUCCUUCAGCAUGAGGCUUCUCAGUUUCAUCCAGGAAGCCAUGCCCCUCCGUCUCAAGGAGGUGCACUACGUGAACCAGCCGUUCCUCUUCAACAUGGUGUGGCAGAUGUUCAAGCCGUUCGUGAAGGAAAAGCUCAAGAGCCGCAUGUACUUCCACGGCACGAAGAUGAAGUCGCUGCACGCCCACAUGGUCCCCUCGCACUUGCCCAAAAAUUACGGCGGCCAGCUUCCCGAGAUCGACUACACGAGCGCCGAUUGGUACCCGACAAUCAUCAAGUACGAGGACCACAUAAGAGAAAUGAACAAGUACGGGUACAAAAAGGCGGAAUAGAGAGAUUUUGGCCCAACGAUAACGCCAGUGUCCACCCGAAACAACUUGAGAGCUGCACUUUGAUUCAAUGUGUCGUUACAUCGUCAACUAAAUCAAUGUAAUUUGUUAUACGUACAGCGUUGUUGAUUGUAUAUUUAUGUUAUUUUAUGUUAUGUUAUCGGUCUUAUGUAUACACAUAUAAGUAUAUGCUUGUUAACGUUUUAAUAGAAGUUUAAUUUAACGUGGUUGAAACUACAAAA